AUGUCCACUCUGAAUGCCCAAAAGAUUCCAAGUAAUUAUUACAUUUUUCCUCUUUCUCUCUUAGGAGCUCAAGUCACCGCCACGGAUUUGCCUGAUGUCCUAGGAAACCUUCAACACAACCUUUUAAAGAAUACACUAGCACACACAGCACAUCUGCCUGAAGUGAAAGAGCUGGUGUGGGGAGAAGGCCUGGAACAGAACUUCCCCAAGUCGACUUUCUAUUAUGACUACGUUCUGGCCUCCGAUGUGGUCUACCACCACUACUGCCUGGACAAGCUGCUCUCCACCAUGGCGCACCUCUGCCAGCCAGGGACUGUGUUGCUUUGGGCAAAUAAGUUCAGGUUCAGCACUGACUAUGAAUUUCUAGACAAAUUCAAGCAAGUUUUUGAUACAACGUUCUUGGCUGAAUUUCCAGAGUCGUCAGUUAAAAUUUUUAAAGGAACACUAAAAUGGGACUAAAUGAAACAAAUUGCCAUUAGAAAACUUAGUGUGUGUUUUGAGCAGUGUUAGAAAUGGUAUUGUCAAGAAAACACUUAUAAGAUUGAGAAGGUGGUGCAUAAAAAGAUCUUGUACACGCAGAACUUAAUACUACAGCAGCUAUCUAAAAUCACCUAUUUAAGGUUAUCUGGUUAAUCUAAACAUCUGUAAAGAAUAAUGUGAAAAUAUAAAAAUAGCUUUGCUGGCUCCCAGAAGUCUCAACUAAAUGUUCAGUAAAUUUUACAUGAAUAAAUUAAUAAACAAGUUUUAGUAUAAUUUAUUACAAA